AUGGCAGCACGGUCCCGGAGACCCUGGCUGAGCGUGGUGCUGGGGCUGGUGCUGGGCUUCACCGCCGCCUCCUGGCUCAUCGCCCCCAAAGUGGCCGAGUUGAGCGAGAAGAGGCGCGGCGCCAGCCUCUGCGCCUACUACGGGCGCUCGGCGGGGCCGGGAGCGGCCGGGGGCGCGGUAGCGCCGGGCGGGCAGCCGGCGCCUCCGGAGGCAGCAGCGGUGCCGCGCGGCACGAGUUUCAGGAGCAGCCCCUGGGAGAUGCCGCCAGCAGCGGCGGCGGAGGGCACGGUGUCCAGCCCCGCUGGCGGCGGGCAAGGGGAGCCGGAGGAGGAGGAAGGCAGCGAGAAGCGGAACGGCCGGCCCGGCGGCAGCCACAACGGGAGCGGGGACUGGGGGGGCGCCCAGGGCUGCGCCAAGCCCCGCAAUUUCCUCUACGUGGGGGUGAUGACGGCCCAGAAGUACCUGGGCAGCCGGGCGGUGGCGGCGCAGCGGACGUGGGCGCCCUCGGUGCCGGGCCGCGUGGAGUUCUUCUCUAGCCAGGGCUCCUCCGCGCCCCCUGGGCUGCCUCCGCUGCCCGUCGUCGCACUACCCGGCGUGGACGACUCCUAUCCGCCGCAGAAGAAGUCCUUCAUGAUGAUCAAGUACAUGCACGACCACUAUCUGGACAAGUACGAGUGGUUCAUGCGGGCGGACGACGACGUCUACAUUAAAGGUGAGAAAUUGGAGGAGUUUCUUCGCUCGCUGAACAGCAGUAAACCUCUGUAUUUAGGACAGACUGGUCUGGGUAAUAUUGAAGAACUUGGAAAGCUUGGACUGGAGCCUGGAGAGAAUUUCUGCAUGGGGGGGCCAGGAAUGAUCUUCAGCCGGGAGGUUCUCAGGAGGAUGGUGCCACAUAUAGGUGAAUGCCUUCGAGAAAUGUACACCACUCAUGAGGAUGUCGAAGUGGGCAGGUGUGUCCGAAGGUUUGGAGGAACUCAGUGCGUUUGGUCUUAUGAGAUGCAGCAGUUGUUCCAUGAAAACUAUGAACACAACCGCAAGGGUUACAUUCAAGAUCUUCACAACACCAAGAUUCACACAGCCAUAACGCUUCAUCCAAACAAAAGACCAGCCUAUCAAUAUAGGCUGCACAAUUACAUCCUCAGCUGUAAAAUCUCUGAACUGCGCUAUCGGACCAUCCAGCUCCACAGAGAAAGGGCUCUGAUGAGCAAGCUCAGUAACAGUGAAGUAAAUAAGGAAGAUCAACAGCUGGGAGUGCUGCCAUCUUUCAAUCAUUUUCAGCCACGUGACAGAAAUGAAGUCAUUGAAUGGGAGUUCCUGACAGGGAAAUUUCUUUACUCGAUGAUGGAGAACCAGCCACCUCGGCAAAGUCUAAGCAGUGUCCUGAGGGCUGCACUGGAUGACACUGUGAUGCAAGUCAUGGAAAUGAUAAAUGAGAACUCUAGAUCUAGAGGAAGGCUCAUUGAUUUCAAGGAAAUACAGUAUGGCUACCGCAGGGUGGACCCUCUGCAUGGAGUGCAGUACAUACUGGAUUUGCUGCUUUUGUACAAAAGGCACAAAGGAAGGAAAGUCACGGUUCCAGUGAGACGCCACGCUUACCUUCAGCAAUUGUUUAGCAAGCCUUUCUUCAAAGAAGCUGAGGAUCUGGAUGUAAGAAGCUUGCUGGAAGGUACCAACUCUGCCACUCAGUCUUUCUCUUUUCUUUCAAAUUCUUUAAAGAUUUUUUCCUCGUCAUUCCAAGACACCAAAGACAUUGGGGGACACAGUGACAAGAAAAUACAUAUUCUUGUCCCUCUCACAGGAAGAUUUGACAUUUUCUCAAGAUUUAUGGAUAACUUUGAGAAGACUUGCCUAAUUCCCAGGCAGAAUGUAAAGCUGGCAAUAAUUCUCUUCACUUCUGAGUCAGGCCAAGACUCCAGAAAACACAUAGAGCUAAUGAAGGAAUACAGCAUUAAGUAUCCUAAGGCAGAUAUGACCUUGAUUCCAAUGGCAGGAAAGUUUUCUAGAGGUUUAGGUCUUGAAAUGGCCUCAUCUCAGUUUGACAAUGGCACUUUGCUGCUGUUCUGCGAUGUUGAUCUGGUAUUCACACCAGAUUUCCUCCAGCGAUGCAGAGAUAACACUAUUCAGGGACAACAAGUUUAUUACCCUAUCAUUUUUAGCCAAUAUGACCCAAAAGUAAUAUAUGGAGACAACCCUCCAGCUGACAGUAGUUUCGUUUUCACAAAAAGAACUGGGUUUUGGAGGGAGUAUGGAUUUGGAAUUACCUGUAUUUACAAAAGUGAUCUACUUACUGCUGGUGGAUUUGAUACCUCAAUUCAAGGCUGGGGACUUGAGGAUGUAGAUCUCUUUACUAAAGUGAUAUCAUCUGGCCUGAAGGCUUUCAGAAGCCAAGAAGUAGGAGUUGUCCACAUUUUUCAUCCAGUUCAGUGUGACCCCAAUUUAGAUCCAAAGCAAUACAAAAUGUGCUUAGGGUCCAAAGCAAGUACGUUUGCCUCUACUGUGCAACUCGCUGAACUCUGGCUACAGAAACAUUUAGGUGUUAGGUACAAUCGAACUCUCUCCUGACAUCUAAGCCUAUUUGACCUUUUUAUGGGAGUUUACCUCAUUAUUGUUGUUGUUAUUAUUAUUUGAUUUCGCUGUCAUAGUUUUAAACUCCCCCCUCCUCGUCUUCCAAAAGCUCUUGACCUCAAGUGUAAUGAGUCUGCUGUUCACUGAUGUUUCUUAUACCUA